CUCCCCCCACAGUCAUAUAUGGUGCUCUCCUUCCUCUAUGUGAGCCCUCUAGCAGCUACAUGCCCGGCUGGAUAUGAGAGAGAAUACAGGGCAGGCAGUCACUGGAGGAGAUGCGCUAUUUACACAGCGAGCCGCACAAGGAGAGCGCACCUACGGCUAGCGGCCGGAGCUGACGGGCAUGGCUGCACCUGACAGCGCUUGUUUAUUGCCAUGUCCCCGAGUACACAGCUGCUGAGGAGGAGACACACGAUGUUCUGCAGGAGCUGAGGACUCUCCUUGAGGAGCGCGGUCAAAGUAGUGCAGGUGGAAAACUACUCCAACUCCAUUAUCCAUCAUCAUCUUCUGUGCGAGGUAGAGGAGUGAGAAGAGGAUGGCCAGCCCUCCCACUCCAGGACAGCCAGUUCUCCCCGCUGCUGGCUCUAACCUCAACCUCAACCAUAACAACAACAACAGCAGCAGUGUCAAAAAGUGUGGAUAUCUACGCAAGCAGAAGCAUGGCCACAAGCGUUUUUUUGUGCUGAAAGAGCCAGGAGAGGGAUGCCCUGCUGCCAGGCUGGAAUACUAUGAAAGUGAGAAGAAGUGGAGGAGCAAGUCUGCUGCAGCCAAAAGGGUUAUCUCUCUGGACAGCUGUCUUAAUAUUAAUAAGAGGGCAGAUGCUAAGAACAAGUACCUGAUCGCCCUUUACACCCGGGAUGAGUAUUUUGCAGUGGCAGCAGAGAAUGAGCAGGAGCAGGAAAGCUGGUACAGGGCACUCACUGAGCUGCUUGGGACUGGCAGAGCAGAGAGAGAUAGAAGUGGCUGUGUUGGUACCGGGGGCUGCUGCUGUUCAGGAUCUACCAGCUGCAGCACAAACUGCAGCAGCCACCUGUCACUUAGCGAGGACCCCAACUAUGGACUGAUCACACCAGCCAACGCAGUUUACCGGGAGGUUUGGCAAGUAAACUUGAAGCCCAGAGGAUUGGGCCAGAUUAAAAGUCUUAUUGGUGUGCAUCGACUUUGCCUGUCGGCAAGAAGCAUCUGUUUUGUGCGAAUGAACAGUGAGACUCCCUCAGUGACCCUUCAGUUGAUGAAUAUCCGACGGUGUGGUCACUCAGACAACUACUUUUUUGUAGAGGUUGGACGUUCUGCUUCCACAGGGCCAGGGGAGAUCUGGAUGCAGGUUGAUGAUAGUGUGGUUGCCCAGAGCAUUCAUGAGACUAUUUUGGAAGCUAUGAGGGCUAUGAAGGAGUUGGCUGAAUUUAGGCCUCGUAGUAAAAGCCAGUCUUCUAGUUCUAACCCUAUCACAGUCCCAGGCCGACGGCAUCAUACGCAGUUGCCUCCAAGCCAGACAGGACUGGCCAGAAGGACCCGUACAGACUUUCCUCCCUCUUCUUCUAGUGUUCCUAUAAACCAAUCUUCCCGACUCCGCACUGCAAGUGAGGGAGAUAACUUGGGCAACAGAACAGUUGUAAGUAGUCCCUUAAGUCCUAGUAUUCUCCGAGCACCUCUAAGCCGUUCCCAUACAUUGAGCUUAGGUGGUCGUAAUGGAAAAUUGUUUCCAGCACCAGGUCCCCUUCAGCACAGCAGGUCCAUGUCCAUGCCAGUUCCCCAGUCUCCACCAUCAGCUGCAAGCCCUAUAAGUUUAUCUUCUGGAAGCAGUGGUCAUGGGUCCGCAUCUGAUCCUCUUAUUCCCCCACGACCUUCUAGUUGCAAUGCUUCAGCAUCAGGGUCACCUAGUGACACUGGUUUCAUGUCCUUGGAUGAAUAUAGCUCUAGUCCAGGAGAACUAACACGUGCUUAUUUGAGCUGUAGAAGUGGAACUCCAGAUUCGGUUACGGGUACUCCACCCCACACAGGGGACAUGAAUGGAUACAUGUCUAUGGACAAACCAUUUCCAGGGGGCUGUGUAUGUCUUGCUCGGCGAUUAGAAUCAUCAGCACUGGAAAAGUGUCCCCGGAAGAGAACAUACUCCUUAACAACCCCAGGAAGGCUAAAAGUUACAACCCCUCAACAAUCCUCUGCUUCCCUUGAUGAGUCUACUCUAAUUCGUGCCACAUUUAAGGGAAGUCCUGGUCUUCUGUCCUCAUCUCCAAAAUCAAGCCACCCCUAUCCAGAGGACUAUGCCGAUGUGGAGAUUGGGCAUCACGAGGAUGAUGGGUAUAUGCCAAUGAGUCAUGGGGCAGGUACUGUUUCUUCUUCCACAGAUUAUGUUCCCAUGAGCCCAGCAAGUGUGUCUGCACCUCAGCAGAUCCUUCAUCCACGUUCCUGCACAGAGUCCUCUGCAGGUUCUCAAGAGGAUUCAUCAGAUGGUUACAUGCCUAUGUGGUGUGGUCCUAAAGCAAGGCCAGUACCUGUGCACCACCGACUUUCACCUGCAGAGUCCCUUACACCUCCAGACUAUUUCUUCAUGCAACCUAAAAAUAAUUGUUGCUGUCAGAAUCACACCAUGCCACCUCAGACUAUCAGCCCUGCAGAUGCAGAACCAUAUGUGAUGAUGAGGUCUCCUGCUUCCGCUUCUCCACUUGGUCGAGCAGCUCGACCAUCCCGACUUGCAUUGCGCACACUUCCCAGCAUGAGUGAGCAUCCUCCAGAACCACCUAGCCCACCUGAAGGGGAAUAUAUUCACAUAUACUUUGGAGAGACAAGGUCCCAAGAUACUCUGCCUUUGCCUCCUCCACCUGCUCUUUCUGAUUCUAAACCUCAGUCUGCAGCUGGAAGUCCAUCAUCUUCAUCAUCUGGGUCUGAACCCCAACAAUCUCCAAUUUCAGACUACAUGAAUUUGGAUUUUGUCCCUCUAUCUCCAAAGUCAAAAGUCUCACCAAACUUGUGUUUAAAUUCGGACUACACAGAAAUGAGUCCAAGGAAGGCUCCAUUACAGUCAUCUCCUCCUUCGUCUUCUACAGACAAACAGACAUUACCUAUAGACAAUAAUGUUUCUGGUGUGCAGCGCCUUACUUUGCUCAUUGACCAGAUGAAUGGGGGCUUUACUCUACAUAGUCCUCCACCAGAUCCCGACAGAGGUGCAAAGGUUAUUCGGGCUGACUCACAAGGUGGACGCCGUCGCCACAGCUCUGAGACUUUCUCAUCUACUACUCAAGUGACUCCUGUAUCUCCUUCCUUUGCACAUAGUCCGAAAAGACACAGCUCGGCCUCGGUGGAGAAUGUGUCCCUCAGACCAGGAGAGACAUUAGAGGCUGGUGAAUGUGGCAGUCCCAUGUGUAGGGAAACUUCAGCUGGAUUUCAGAAUGGACUGAACUAUAUUGCCAUUGAGUUGUCGCCAGAAGAUCGAAACCUGUUGCUGCUAACACAAGCCUCUUCUAGGGGACACUUGCCUGCUCUUGGACUUGCCAGUAUGGACAUUGGGUCUUACCCAAGUAUAGACUUCCUGGGACAUAGAAUGAAGGGUGCCACCACUGUCAGAGAGUGAAGGCACUGGAUCAUAACCUCACCACACCACAGAAGAAAUCUGCGGGCCUACAUUGUGACCAAAUGCUGCUAAAGUCUCACUCCUUCCGCUCCUGCGGUAUGAAUCAUUUCCGCUCAGGUACACAAGUGGUGGACAUAAGUCCGAGAGCUACGUAACACAGACCUGCUUCAGUGUCAUUGAAUGGCGUUCUUAUUCUGCUGUCCUUUUCACACGGACAACCCUGAAACCAACCAUGUACUUUCAAGUUAACAUUGAACGAUGAGGCCUUCAUCAAAUUUCCUUAUUUAUUUUUCAGUAGACUGGGAUAUGGCAGUAACAUCAGACUUACUCAAAAUGAAGAUAACCAGUUGGCCUACCUCAAAAAACAAAUGAAAAUAAUAAAUUAUAAGGACUUCUCUUGUUGUGCUUUUUUUUUUCUUUGGUUGUGCAAUGAAGAGUCUGAAGAAAUUCUUCAGCAUUAUUUACAUUAUAUUAUUUUAUGGAUCAAAAAUUAUCUUCUGCACAGUUUACGUGGAAAAUGGACACAUCGUGGCAACAAGUGACUAGGGGACUUUCAUAGAAAUGCUUUGGUGCACAGAAGCUGUUUGUUUCCAAAAGUGGACCAAAAAUGUUACUAAUGGACAUGUUUUCCUAAGUUACACUAACAGCUGCAUGCACUACACGGUAUCUUAGGAGUUCACUCCUUCUAGUCUGAUUUAGCAGAUUACUGUAUGUACGAUAAUAGCAGCCAGUGGAAAAUGGGGAUUCCUAUCGAUGGCAAUCAUAAGGGCAUGCUUUUUCACCAACCAGUAAUUUUACGUGCUGCCACACCUACCAUUGUCAUGUCCUAAUAGCUUCCUCACAUUUAGGUACUUUUUAGGGUAUGCUACAUUGAUUGUAAUAUUAUUUAUAAGAAAACACACACCUAGCUGCAUUGCUCUUAACCAAAAACUUCCAUAUGUUUUACAUUGUGGAGUAUUUAUCUGAAGUAAUGCACUGUAAUGACACUGAAAUUAUCGUCUUGGUCACUUGGCAUAGUUCUUCCUUGUCGAAGAAAACACUGCAGUAAUGUCUUGUAGAUGCCACAGAGAGUCCCUGUUUGAGAUAUGACUGUGUGCAUACUGAGAAAGUGGCACGUGCACUUUUUGUUGUUUUCAGUAUACUGGAAAAUGCAGUGUUUGCAACAUUAUCCAUAUAGCAAAGUGCUGCAUUCUCAAAUAUCAAUAUUUUACAGCCUAUUUUUAGAUGGAAAUUUUAUGACAGAUCUUUAUUUAAAGGGGCCAUAGCUUGUUUUUAUCUGGUACAAAGAAAGACCAUGGCCAUUUCUAUUGCUAGGUCUCUCCUCCACGUAGGUAAAUCUAAAUGUCGCUAUAUUGCUGAAUGUCUGCGACUUUCCUUUCCGAGUGCAAACAAUCUGUCAUAUCAAGGCUGAUGGUGGUGGUCAGGAAUUAAAGGACAAAAUCUUCUUCUUUGCUUUGAACAAUUUGAUUUUUUUUUUUUUUUUUGUCUAUGUAUUGUAUAAAUUGAAAAAUGCUUCAUGUCUUCCUACUUGCUCAACAAAAGUCUUACUAACAAGGAUUGUAUUGCCAGACAAAAAUGAAUGUACAUUCAUAUCUUUUUCUAUUGCUCCUUUUUAUAGUUUGAUUCUUGUUGGAAGUGGAAGGUUAUGCUUCAUAAAACGAUGUAAAAGUUAUUGGCCUGUUUAUGUAUAGUGUAGUUUUCUAUAUAAAUAUAAUGUAAAGAUGUAAAAUGUUCUAAACUAUUUUGGCCUCCGGCUCCAAAUAAUAUAGGAUAUUU